AUCUGACAUCCGUAUCCUCAUCCGUGCCACUCACACCAUUUCAUUUCUGUGAUGGAAAACACCUUAGCUGCUAACCACAAGACCCCACCCACCAGUGCCUGGGGGUGAAGCCAUCUGUGAGCGUUAGUUACUCUGCUUUGUCCAGGGAGGAGCCACAAACCACUUUCCCCAAAGCCAUAGCGCAGCACUAACAUUCACUUUUAAACUCACCCAUCAUGAAAACAUGACAGAUCGGUUCAGAAAUGCUCAGUGUGCCGUGAAAUGUCUGCACUGCUGAUGAAAAGGCGCACAGUGCAUGAACAUCUCGCAGAAUUAUUUGUGAACAUUUGAUGACCACCUAGGGGCCCUUUGCUGUAGCAUGGAUGGAUAAUCAUUUGGCCUUGAGCAUGAAAGAUGUCUAAAAAUCAAAGCAGAAUGAGCUAGAGUCAACCAGUCAUCUGUCAGCAGAGGACAUGUAUGCAAACAACAUGAACCUUCUAAGUAAUGGAUUGUCAGUGCAGUGUUACUUGAUGCCAAAGUUGAUGGGAAAAAUGAGAAGAAGAGUUCAAGAGAUGAGAAACCCAAAUGCCAUGGGGUCUUCAGUGGAUCUGAGUCACAAUGAGAGCACACGACUAGCUAUGGAUGCUCUCUUGGACAGAGGCAUCGUUGGAUACCAGGAAGUGCUGAUCAAAGAGAAUGAAGCAAACUUUCUGUCAGCGCAGGAGAAAACGUACAUCUUAAAUAACAUUACAAAGCCUCUCACUGACAAUGAAGAGACAGACAGGGAUGAAGAGAUGUCCAGUUCUGCCUCAGUUUCUUCAGAGACGUACUUUCCUGCGGUCACAGAGAGUGAGCCUCCAGUUCUUGAUUACGGCUGGCCGGUGGCUGACUGGAGUUACCAUCUGCAGGGGAUUCCUAGCGUGGAAGUGUUCUUCCACUCAGUCAGAUCCUUUUCCUUGAAAAACCUGCUGCGGGAACUGAUCAGGCAAGCAACUAAAGUUUUGGCGAUAGUAAUGGACACAUUCAGCGAUGUGGAGAUUUUGUGUGACAUACUGGAGGCGACAAGAAAGCGCAACGUCUCUGUCUAUCUCCUUCUGGACCAAAUCAAUUUACAGCUGUUCCAGGACAUGUGUGAAAAUGUAAAAAUCAACAAGUCUCAUCUUACUAGGAUGUCUAUUCGUAGUGUUCAAGGUCAAACAUACUGUGCCAAAUCAGGCAGAAAGUUCACUGGACAGAUGAAAGAGAAGUUCAUCAUUGUGGACUGCAAAAAAGUGCUGGUUGGCUCAUAUAGUCUCACCUGGCUAUCCUGGCAGGUUCACAGAAGCUUGGCCGUACUCUUCAAAGGCAGCGGGGUUAAACCUUUCGACCUGGAGUUUCGUAGACUCUACGCCAUUUCUAAACCAGUCCAAGGAUUUACCUGCAAUGCAAUGGAUCCUAUUGAUCUCUGCCUACCCUUUGAGGAACUCCAGAUCCCGAUGGGCCCGGCAGUAACUGCUGGAAACUCUCCUGACCACCUAAAACAGAAACCUUGUCAGCCCAGGAACCCGAGUUUCCCGACAACUCAAGUCCUGGCCCGACAAACCAGCUAUCCAAAUGUCACCACUGGACCGCAAAGGUCUCAAUGGCUUCCACGAAGGAACACGAUCCAUCACCCCAUUGCUCGUCAGUCCCCACUUUUCAAAGAUUAUAAUACGAAGAGCCAAACUUGGCGUCCAAAACAGGGAAAUUAAAUCAACACAGGUGUUCCUGCAACUUCCCACUGGAGCUAGAGCGAGUUAUUGUAAUGCUUUAUUAGACACUUGUUGGUAGAUGUAGAAAUGUAUUUAUGUAUUUUAAAAUAUUUAACUUUAUUCUGCUUUGUAACAGUAAAAGCAUGCAACUCCAAGAAAAGAUACAUAUUCAAUUAUAAAAAUACAAUCAAUAUUCAUAUUAUUCAAGUGUCUCCUCCAGUGGUCUGUGCACGGAUAAAGCUGGAGUCUCCUCCAGCAGUUUGGUGUAGAGUUUGUUCCACCACUUGUCAUCAAAGUCUUUAAUAUAAAGUCCUGAUAAACUCUCUCCAUCUUGGUUUUCCUCUCUCAUCUUCUCUGGAUUGAGGUCUUCUGCCAUCACCUAGAUCAGAAUAAAUGAAUUCAGUUUGUAAUGUGAGACCAUGGAUGUUCAUUACAGAUGUUUUGGGGAGUUGUGUGAGAGACAUUUUCUGAUGCACAACAAUGGGUUGAAAUCAGACUGAAGUAGUGAAUUCAGAAAACACUCCAAUGGAAUACUCAAUCCAAAAAUUAAGUUAUGUUUUUAUUUUUCCACCCUCUUGUCAUUUAAAAUCUGUAUGAGUUUCUAUGUGUUCAGGCACUACAAUACAUGUCUUCUGAGUUUGUGAUAACAUCAGAGUGAGUAAAUAAUUACAGAGCUGUCAAUGUUGGGAAGUAUUCCUUUAAAUACUGUUUGCACAAACAAUCAUCAAUAAAGGUGGAUUUGUGUUAGUA